AUGAUGAAUGACAAUGGUUUGAAUAAUAGCCAUAAAAUGAACAACACAAACAAUUCUACUAUUGGGAGUAAUAGAAAUGCUAUGUUUCAAAAUCGUGGAGGAGUUAAUCAAAACUCUGCAAAUCCAAAUAUUUCAAUUGGAACAUCAAAUAAUAUCCACCAUAUAGCAACACAAGGAAAUACAAAUAAUAAUAUGGUUGGGCAAGGAAUUAACAAUUAUAAUGUCAGUGGUAUUAACAUCCAUAAUAUGGGGAACAAUGUUGGGAUGAGCAAUUCAAAAAUGAAUAAUAAUAACAAUAAUAAUAAUAAUAUUAAUAAUGUAAAUAAUGGAGAAAUUGGAAUGACAAAUAAUUUUAACAAUGCUCAUGUAAAUCCAGGAUCUUCUAUUCGUGUUGCACCAAAUGAUGAUGAAGAAAAAAAAAAAAUAUAUCAAUUAAUAUUUGAUUUAUGUUUUUCUGAAAAAAGAGAAAGUGCAUUAUUAGAACUAUCACGAAAAAGGGAAAAAUAUAAUGACAUUGCACCAGUAUUAUGGAAUUCUUUUGGAACUAUAACGACCUUAUUGCAAGAAAUUGUGUCGAUAUAUCCACAAUUAUCGCCACCUUUGUUAACAACAUCUUCAUCAAAUCGAGUUUGUAAUUCAUUGGCUUUGUUACAAUGUGUUGCUUCACAUCCAGAAACAAAACAACAUUUUUUAAAUGCACAUAUCCCACUAUUUUUAUAUCCAUUUUUAAAUGCAGAAUCAAAGAAUAGACCGUUUGAAUAUUUACGUCUAACGUCUCUUGGGGUUAUUGGUGCAUUAGUUAAAGUCGAUAAUCCAGAUGUAAUAAAUUUUUUAUUACAAACUGAAAUUAUACCCUUAUGUUUACGAAUCAUGGAAACUGGAAGUGAGUUAUCUAAAACUGUUGCUACAUUUAUUGUUCAAAAAAUUUUAAUAGAUGAAUUAGGAUUAAAUUAUAUAUGCGCAACACCCGAAAGAUUUUAUGCUGUUUCAACAGUUUUAUCAAAUAUGGUUAAUGCAUUAAUUGAAAAUCCAUCAUCAAGAUUGUUGAAACAUAUAGUUCGUUGUUAUUUAAGACUAUCUGAAAAUCCAAGAGCUUUAGAAGCAUUAAAAUGUUGUUUACCCGAUUCUUUGAAACAUAUAAAUAAAGCUUUUAUUCCAUGUCUUAAAGAAGAUCCAUAUACAAAAAAAUGGUUAAUUCAAUUACUUUAUAAUAUUAACAAUGCUGAACAAACACAAAAUGUUCCAAAUCAUCUUAAUGCACUAAAUAAUAUUCAUAUUCAUCAUGUCGCCCCACAAACUAUCUCGACCCCUCACCCUGUAAAUCCAAAUAACCAUAUUAAUACGUUACCAAAAAAUAACUAUAAUAAUAUUCCACAAAAUAUGAAUGAUACUAUAAUUCAAGAAAAUAAUAACAAUAUCAAAAAUAAUAAUUCAGGAAAUAAAAAUAAUCCCAAUAAUUAUAAGGAUCAAAAUAAUACAUCUAAUGCCGGUGCAAAUUCGAAUAACAAUAUUAAUAAUAAUAAUAACAAUAUUAAUAAUAAUAACAAUAUUAAUAAUAAUAAUAACAAUAUUAAUAAUAAUAACAAUAUUAAUAAUAAUAACAAUAUUAAUAAUAACAACAAUAACAAUAUUAAUAAUAAUAAUAACAAUAUUAAUAAUAAUAAUAAUAAUAACAAUAAUAAUAAUAUUUCUAACGUAGCUAAUAAGUCAAAUCAUUCAAAAUCAGAACCAAGCAAUAUAACAUCCACUAUGCUUUCAAAUAAUAAUCAACAUAAUACAAAUUCACAAAAUGUUUCUACACCCAAUAUUAAUAACCCCAAAACGAGUUCUACAAAUAAUGAUAAUAUAACAAAAAAUAUUGCCAUGUCAGGCAAUAAUAAUAGUAGUUCAAUUAAUGUUGGUAAUAAUAAUAUUGAAGUUUUUAAUACAUCUAACAAUGCAGAGAUAGAAACAGUUCCAACAAAUACAUCUAGUAACACAUCCUCUACUUCUGCUAAUGUAGAUACUACUGUGGCUACUAACAAUAGUAAAUAA